AUGUGCAAAAUAUAUCAACAAGUUAUCUCUUUCUCAAAAAUAACAAAUUCAUUGCUGAAACUAGCACCAAAUGUUACAGUUCCAGCAUUCAUAGCUUUUGGAGAUUCGAUAAUGGAUACUGGAAAUAACAACCAUAUUAAAACAAUUGUCAAGUGCAAUUUCUCUCCUUAUGGUCAAGAUUUUGAAGGAGGGAUUCCAACUGGUCGAUUUUGCAAUGGCAAAAAUCCUUCAGAUUUGAUAGUUGAAUAUUUAGGCAUUAAGGAGCUUUUACCAGCUUAUUUGGAUCCAAAUCUAAAACCAAGUGACCUUCCUACUGGUGUAUCCUUUGCUUCUGGUGCUUCUGGUUAUGAUCCUUUAACAUCUAAAAUUGUGUCGGUGAUUUCAAUGUCUGAUCAACUAAAAAUGUUCAAAGAAUACAUAGUGAAACUCAAAGAUGUGGUGGGAGAAAAAAGAAAAAACUUUAUCUUAGCCAACACACUUUUCCUUGUUGUAGCUGGAAGUGAUGAUCUUGCAAACACUUAUUUUACUAUUCGCACCCCACAACUACACUAUGAUGUUCCUGCUUAUACUGAUCUUAUGGUCAAUGAAGCCUCAAACUUCGUUAAGGAAAUAUAUCAUCUUGGAGCAAGAAAAAUUGGAGUGUUCAGUGCAGCACCUAUUGGAUACUUACCAUCACAGAGGACUUUAAGUGGAGGUUUAUCUAGAAAUAUAAAUGAGGAAUACAAUGAAGCAGCCAAGUUAUUUAACUCCAAACUCUCAAAGCAAAUGGAUUAUCUUCAUUCUAGUUUGCCUAAUAGUAGGGUUAUUUAUAUUGAUAUUUACACCCCCCUAGUUGAUAUCAUUAUAAAGCCUCAAAAAUAUGGGUAUAAAGUUGCAGAUAAGGGUUGUUGUGGGACAGGAAAACUAGAAGUUUCAGUAUUAUGUAACCCUUUGGUUCCUGCUUGUGAUAAUAAUAAGGAAUAUGUAUUUUGGGACAGUUAUCAUCCUACAGAAAGUGUAUACAGAACUCUUGUGGCUGAAGUUCUUCCAAAAUAUAUGGAUAGCUUGAUAUCAUGA